CCCCCAAUGCUUACAUACUCUCAACACCCCCAUCAAUUCUCAGCCUCAAGUUAUCCCCAAACAAUCACACACACACACACACCAUUCUCAGAACUUUUUUUCUCUUUUCAAACAGUAAACGAUGACGUCAUCAAUGGCUUUCUUAUCAUCAACACCAACAAAGCUCCCAUCUUUCUCACCAUCCUCCAAAACCCACUUCCCAAUUAACCCAUUUCUUUCUCUAAAGCCUCAAAGAUACCAUUUUGCGUCUGUUAGAGCUGCUGAAAUUGGGUCUGGAGCUGCUGUUGUUGUGGAGGAGAAGAAAGAUUCUGAGGUUAAGGCUGCGGAGGAGGGUAACGGAGCUCCGGUGGCGGCUGAGGUGGAAGAAGUGGGUGUGAAAUUUGAAGAUCCUAAAUGGGUUUCCGGGACUUGGGACUUGAAGCAGUUUCAGAAAGAUGGAGCUACUGAUUGGGAUGCUGUUAUUGAUGCUGAGGUUAAAAGGAGGAAAUGGCUUGAAGACAAUCCGGAAUCUUCUAACAAUGACUUCCCUGUAGUUUUUGAUACCUCGAUUAUUCCCUGGUGGGCGUGGAUGAAACGCUUUCAUCUCCCUGAAGCCGAACUACUCAAUGGUCGAGCUGCAAUGGUGGGGUUCUUCAUGGCUUACUUUGUGGAUAGUUUGACCGGGGUGGGUUUAGUUGACCAAAUGGGAAACUUCUUCUGCAAAACGCUUCUUUUUGUAGCAGUAGCCGGCGUUCUAUUGAUCCGUAAGAACGAGGAUAUUGAUACCUUAAAGAAAUUGAUUGAUGAGACGACGUUUUACGACAAGCAGUGGCAAGCAACUUGGCAAGACGAGAAAAAAGAAUAACGUAUGGGCGAUAAUCAAAUGAAGCAUAAAGUUUGAAUCUUUUUUUUAUGUUUGUUGUAGAUCAUCUUUCUUGUAGCUUAUGGUUUGAUGAUUCAGUGUUGUUUAUGUGAUGUUAUAAUGAUGUAAUUUUGAUCACUACAAGAUCACACCAAUUUAAUGAGUGAAUUUGUUUCAAGGGUUGUUUAA